UCUCCAUUAACAAGAUCAGUCAGAAACACAAUCAAUCUUCUCUUGGCUUCUUCCCUUUCCUUAACCAAAAAGGGUACAUAGUUUUUCCAGACACCCUAACUCACAGGGGAAAGAGGAGAUCAAAAGAUCAUGGGGAGAGCACCUUGCUGCGAUAAGAAUGGCCUCAAGAAAGGUCCUUGGACCCCCGAGGAGGACCUCAAGCUCGUCAACUACAUCCAGACCCAUGGACCCGGCAACUGGCGAACCCUUCCCAAGAAUGCCGGGCUUCAGAGGUGUGGGAAGAGUUGCCGUCUUAGGUGGACGAACUACCUCAGACCCGACAUCAAGAGGGGCCGCUUCUCAUUUGAGGAGGAAGAGACCAUAAUCCAGCUUCACAGUGUCUUGGGCAACAAGUGGUCUGCCAUAGCUGCUCGCUUGCCUGGGAGGACGGACAAUGAGAUCAAGAAUUAUUGGAAUACCCACAUCAGGAAACGGCUCCUCCGGAGUGGGAUCGACCCGGUGACUCAUGCCCCGAGGCUUGACCUCCUCGACUUGUCUUCUAUCCUCAGUUCGUCCCUCAGCUGCACGAACCUUCUCAAUCUCUCGAACCUCUUGAGCACUCAGGCCCUCUUGAACCCGGACAUGCUGAGGCUUGCAUCCACAAUCUUGUCGCUCCGAAAUGAAAACCCUGACUUACUCCAGCAGAAUUUCCAAGAAAAUAACCUUUGCAAUAGCUCUCAACCACAACAAAAUCACUUUGAGACUCCAGUCCCACCGUGCACCACCACAUCUAAUGCUCCCUGCCCUCCCCUCCUAAACCAAACCCAACCCAUGCAAUCAGAUAUCGAAGACUUCCUGUCCAAUUUCGUGAACCCCCAACGAAAUGAUUUUACGACUCCAAUGUUGAGCGAGAACUUUGUUUCCCAGCCAAGUUAUAAUCCCGCUGCUACUGCUCCAUUGGAGAACAUGAACUUUCAGCUGAACAAUGGUGACCAGAACCUCCGCGUCGACUCCAUUAUAUCUACGCCUUUAUCCAGCAGCACUCCAUUAAAUUCAUCAUCAGCGUUCGUUAACAGCAGCCCCGAGGACGAGAAGGAGAGCUACUGCAGCAGCUACUUCAAGUUCGAUAUUCCGGACAGUUUGGAUAUUAGCGAUUUUAUCUGAAUAUAUACAUAUGUAUAAUAGGAACAAUCAAUUAGGGCAUCAGUACUAUACGUUGAUGGUUUUUGUUUGGCUGAUGUUAAUAGUUGAAAUUCUUUGUAUUAUGAAUGAAUAAU